CAAGGAUGUUGGAGGACAGAAAGAGGGAAGUAGUGACACUCUGGUGGACAGUAGCCUACACAGUAUUGUAGCAUUUCGGACAUACACCGUCUGCUAAUGAAUAAUAACCCAGUUAUUUCUUCUCGGAGCACUCUAAUAGGAUGGCAUCACAGGGGGGGGAGGAGCCUCCUCCAAACAGAGGUCAAUCAGAUAGCCGACUUAAGAGCAAGAAGCCGCCCAGCCUUGUAAUAGCUAUCCCUCCACCUGAGGACCCAAUGUCUCACGACCCUGCAAAACAGCCAUUGCGCUCAUCUCUGAAGAAAAGCGUGAGUGGUCGAGCCACCAGUUCUGUGUCGGAGAGCGUAAGUGGAGCUGGAGAUGGACGCUUCUCAGCCAGAGACAGGAGGGCAAAGUUUGGUAGACAAACGUCGCUUUCACAAAGCAUCCGCAAAAAUACAGCCCAGUGGUUUGGGGUAGGGGAAGACUGUGAGACCAAGCAGCAGGUAUGGCACAGGAAGAGCCUGCGCCACUGCAGCCAGCGCUACGGCAAGCUGAAGGCCCAAUACAGAGAGCCUGAGACAGCCACCAGCAUCGACCAGGGCCUGGACUCACCAGCUACACACAAAAUGCCCAAGAUUGUGGAUCCCCUAGCACGGGGCCGAGCCUUCCGUUGCCCAGAUGAGAUGGACAGUCGCUCCCCCAGGACCCCUCACAUCCCCCAGGGGGGUCCCAUUACCCCAGGUGUCACCUCACUCAGCUCCUUCACCAGCCAGCGCUCCGGGUACAGCCGCUUCCCCAGGCGUAAGAGAGAGUCUGUCGCUCGCAUGAGCAUCCGAGCUGCAUCCAACCUAAUGAGGGGUCGUAGCGGCUUGGCAGGCUCCCAGACAGGUCGCAGUUUCCCCAAGAGGAGCUUUGCCAGGCCCAGCUGGAUGGAUGAGGAGACCGUGGACUCCGCAGACAUGUCAGAGUCGCUCUUCUUCAGCAAGGUUGAUGCCCAUGAUGAGUUGUACUCAAUGGCUGAUGACGUAUUUGAAUCGCCUCCCAUGUCUGCAUCUUUAGCUCCCAGCGAGCAGCCUGACCAGAAGUUCCCAAGCCUUAAGGACAUAUCUCGAACACCCAGGACACCAGUAGUUGUGCACGAUAAGAGCCGUCCUCGUCGGGGUGGUCGCAUCGCCUCUCAAGUGAAGCACUUUGCAUUUGAUAAACAUAAGCGUCAGUACGGCAUGGGAGUUGUGGGGAAGUGGCUGAAUCGGCAUUACCGACGCAGCCUCAGCAGCAACAUCCAGAAACAGCUGGACGACUUCCACAGCCACAGGCCAUACUUUACCUACUGGAUCACGUUUGUCCAUAUAGUAAUUACUUUGCUGGCCUGUUGUACAUAUGGUUUUGCCCCUGUGGGGUUUGCACAACAUUCUACAUCUGAACUGGUGCUGAAGAACAAAGGUAUAUAUGAGAGUGUCAAGUUUAUUCAACAGGAGAACUUCUGGAUUGGUCCGAGCUCUGACGACCUGAUCCACUUGGGGGCCAAAUUCUCACCGUGCAUCCGUCAGGACACACAGAUAGUCCAGCUGAUCCAGAGGACCAAAGACCUGGAAAGAGACUCUGGCUGCUGCGUUCAGAAUGACAACUCCGGAUGUGUGCAGACCUUCAGCUCCGACUGCUCUGAGACGCUGGCCACAUUUAUUAAAUGGAACAACGAGCCUGUGUACAUCAACAGGUUCUCUGGUUCUGUCUGUCACCAGGAUCCCAGAGUGUGUGAAGAGCCUGCCUCUACAGAGCCUCAUACAUGGCCUGAUGACAUCACCCAGUGGCCGGUGUGUACAAAACCCAAGAAGUGGAACCACACGGGCUACAGACACAUGGACUGUAACAUCAAGGGACGGCCUUGCUGCAUAGGAACGAAGGGCAGAUGUGAGAUUACGACCAGAGAAUAUUGCUCUUUCAUGCAUGGUUACUUCCAUGAGGAUGCCACGCUCUGCUCACAGGUUCACUGUCUGGAUGACGUCUGUGGUUUGCUGCCCUUCCUCAAUCCUGAUAUCCCUGAUCAGUUCUACCGCCUCUGGCUCUCUCUCUUCCUCCAUGCUGGGCUGUUACACUGUGUGGUGUCGGUGGUGUUCCAGAUGACCAUACUGAGAGACCUGGAGAAGCUGGCAGGUUGGGUUCGCAUCUCCAUCAUUUAUAUCCUCAGUGGUAUCACUGGAAACCUGGCCUCUGCCCUCUUCCUGCCCUACAGAGCUGAGGUGGGUCCAGCAGGGUCUCAGUUUGGACUCCUUGCUUGCCUGUUUGUUGAGCUGUUUCAAGGUUGGCAGAUGCUGGAGAAACCAUGGAAGGCCUUUCUCAAACUUUUGGGCAUCGUUCUCUUCCUCUUCCUGUGCGGCCUCUUGCCGUGGAUCGACAACAUCGCCCACAUCUUUGGUUUCCUCAGCGGCAUGCUGCUCUCCUUUGCCUUUCUGCCCUACGUCACCUUUGGCACUUUUGACAAGUACCGGAAACGUAUCCUCAUUGCUGUCUCGAUGCUGGCCUACAUUGGGCUCUUUUCUUCCCUCAUCGUUUGGUUUUAUAUUUACCCAAUUAACUGGCACUGGCUGGAGCAUCUCACCUGCCUGCCCUUCACAAGCAAGUUCUGUGAGAAGUACGACAUAGACCACAACAUUGACGAUGUGGUGCACUAGUCUCUAGGCUACUCGUGAUGUCUAAGAUGGCCAUUUCAGUGCUACUGAUCUGCUAUCUUCUAGCCAAUGACCAGAUCAGCUGUUUUCAGGUCAGGCCUUUCAGAUGGCAAUGUUUUUUUAAUUAAUAAUUCAUCCAUCAAAAGACCUGAAGGUCUCUUCUCCUCAACCUUCUGACUUGCUUACUUUCAUAAAACUUUGCUCAACCUUUUCAAUCCACAGUAGAGUCUGGCACUACCUAGCAUGUUCAUUGUUGGUGAACUAGCUGGUCCUCAGAACCAGAGGAUAGAAAAAGAUACUCUGGACAUCAAAAGUGCGAAGUACUGGAUGGACCUGAAGGACAAUAUCUACAGAGCGAGACUGUCUGGUUCCUGCAGUUCACAAAGAGUUAUGUCAAUCUAAAGAAGAUAGAAGAAGACAUGAGCGUCUCUGGCCUACAAUCACUUUUCCCUUUAACUCUGUUGAUGACAAACAGCUGAGAUGAAAAUGAAGACUGAUGCCAUAGUGGGCCUCUUACUACUUAUUCUUGUGUUAACACUACAAAAGCUGUCAUUCGGGUCUGCUGCUUCUCGGUGUCUGGUGAAUUGCUUUCAGAGUUAAAAACCCUCUUUUUUUUAAAUCUAUCUCUCUUUCAUAUGGAUGCACUUGGAAUGGAAUGUCCACAUUCUUUGAAGCAGUGAAAUGUUAUGCUAAAGGUAAUGAUGUGUUCAAGGUAUUAACUGUGCAGCUGGAAUAUUUAAAUAUCAGUGGUCAAUUAAGGUACGAUUUCUAUCUAAAACCACUAGUUGCCUUAAACAGCCUAUGCCAUUUUACAAAGAUGCCUCACUUUACUUUGACUUUUGCAUACUGCCUAUUAACACAUUUCUGACUUUAACCUACCAAAGCAACAUCACAUGCUGCUUACAUAUGCAUGUUGUCUUUCACAGUCAUUUGGUGUCACCGCCACAGACACAAGUUCUCAGUCAAGCUACACUUCUAAUGUCUCAUAUUUGUCCAAUAACACAGUGGUGCCUGAACCAUUUUGUAGAUUUACUCUAAAAAAAAAAAAAAAAAAAUCAUGAAAAUAAUAUUUAUUCUGGGAGUAAUUAUCCGAACAUGCAUUCUUUGUUGAAUCAAAGCAAGUUUUGUACUGUAUUUUUUGACUCUGUGAAACAAACAGUCAUACAAUCACAAGAUGUAAUUUAUGUUUCACCAGAGCCUUAAUGUGUUUAUGUAGUAUACCAUGAAAGGCUUUGUUUUUACCAUUUAAACUUGUGAAUGCUCUCCUAGUGUAAGAAAGAUGAUUUUAAACCGUAGUAAACAGUAGUGUUGCUGCAGACAUAGGAUUUUCCUCAAACAGGCACAUUCAGACUAAACCUAGACAAAGUCUUGUUCGAUACUUAUUUACUUUUUUACACAUUUGUUUUUUUGUCUGGAUCCUAACAGAUAUUUGCUUGGGUUGUGCUCCAUGACCCACAUUAGAUUGUCGCCGUUCUGGUGGGUUCCUUACAAAGUGAAACAUUCUCCCCAGCUUUUGGCUCGGACCUAGUUUGUUGUUGUUCGCCAUUCUGGCAUGUGUUGACCCCAGCUGUUAGGAAAGCUACGGUAAUGACUGUUGUGUGGAGGAUUAAGUGUGUUACUAAGUGAGUUAUGAGAUUACACGAGUUUGUCUGUGGGACUGACUCACUGAUCAUCUGGUGUUGUUAAGAACAUGAGUUGUUAAAAAAAACAUGCAGAAUGGGUUGUACGUUGGACAAUUCAGAUAUUUUUAUUGGUUUAAACACCACUGUCUUCAGAUUGUAAGGUCGUCUGUUUCAAAACAUAGGACUCUGCCCUGAAAAGUGUGACCCGGGACAUUCACCACUUGUAAGAAACCUCUGUACUGUGCCUUUUGAAAUAUGAAGGUCACAACACACAACACACAUCUUCAGUCAUGACUGUAUGCAGCUAUGCUUGCAUUGGGACCAAAUUAUUUCACCCUUUUAUAUUUAUUGGAAUAAAAAGAAAUAGUUUUAAAUGAAUUUCAGUCUGUGGUCAAGGUACUGUUCCGUUUUGCUUCAGUUGUAUGUGUUCAAAUGUAUGAUAAAGCAGUCGUGUCAAAAUAAAUGCCACUCUAGUAAUAACGAGGUUGCGUGUGCAGUGUUACACUGAACAGAGUUUCUGACAUCAAAACUUGUUUUGUCUGUCAUCAAUUCCUCUACGUUGUCCUUACUGUUGACACUACACCAGUGACGGCUAUAACCCUAAAAGAGAAUAUGAACUUUAACGUUGAAGUGAGAAUAAGUGAAAAUUCUGUUUUCAUGGACCUGAUUUAAUGUUGUUUAAUGUAAAUGGAACAAUAAGCACAAAUCUUUAAUUCCCGUCACAAAGAGAACUGUGUAAACCAUGCAAUAUGAUCAAAAGCUCCAGAGCAACUACUAAAUGGCCCUUGGAAUGGGAUUUUCUCAAGAACUCUUAAAAUGGCUUUUCCUA